AUGUCGGCAUGCAGGCGAAGCUUGAAUAGCGCGUCGAGGGCGCUCCCACGACUCUCUCUGAACCGCUGCGCGCCACCCAAUGUGCAGCAGCAGCAGCAGCAGCAGCAGCUUGGCCGUCGACCCUACGCCGUGGCCUCAUCCGCCGCGCCACGAUUCCAGGUCUUCAACCGGCGGACGAAAUGGCUACAGAAGGAGCGCUCCGGAGCCAAUGUGGAAGCAGGUCGCCAAGCGGACUAUCUCAAGGACGAGGUCGCCAUGCGCGUGGCGGAGAGACUACUGGACAUUAAUCGGCAUUUCCCCAAGGUGCUCGACCUCGGCGCAAACAGCUGCAACAUUGCACGCGCCCUCACGGCCGACAACCCAGACCCCGAUCCCGCCAAGCCCGAGUCGGCGCCCCUCUCGACACGCAUCACGGAGCUCACGGCGGUCGAGUCCUCGGAGACGCUUCUAUACCGCGACUCGAGUCUUGACUUCAACAAAAAGCUCAACAUCACACGUCGUGUGCUCGAAGACGAGGAGACGCUGCCUUUUGAGCCCGAGUCGUUUGACCUGGUCCUCAGCUCGCUCAGCAUGCAUUGGAUCAACGAUCUCCCGGGCAUCCUCUCCCAGAUCAACAGCGUUCUGAAGCCCGACUCUCCCUUCAUCGGAGCGAUGCUCGGGGGCGACAGCCUCUUCGAGCUGCGCACGUCGCUGCAGCUCGCAGACCAGGAGCGUCGCGGCGGCAUCUCGCCGCACGUCUCCCCGCUGGCGGACGUCCGCGACGUGGGCGGCUUGCUGCAAAAGGCGGGCUUCAAGAUGCUGACCGUCGACGUCGACGACAUCAUCGUCGACUACCCGGAUACGUUUGCCCUCAUGCAGGACCUGCAGGCCAUGGGCGAGAGCAACGCGACCCUGGGCCGAGAGAUGGGCCCCAUCGGACGCGAUGUCCUGCUGGCCAACGAUGCCAUUUACCGCGAGCUGCACGGCAACGAGGACGGCUCCAUUCCGGCGACGUUUAGAAUCAUCUACAUGAUUGGGUGGCGAGAAGGCGAGAACCAGCCUCAGCCUCUGCCCAGAGGGUCAGGCCAGACCAACUUGAAGGAUCUCCUCGAGCACAAGUAG